GAGAAACGCGACAACAUUUCACCUUCUAAAACUCAACUUCUCAGCAGUCUCUCCUUUAACUGAAGUAAUUUAUUUAGCUUCAAAAAUAUCAAAAUUUUGAUUCAUUUCUUUCGAUAUUGAAACCAUGGCUUCUUCUUGUUCAUUUUCUCGUAAAUAUCUAAUAACUUUAUUAUUAGUGUUAUCGAUGUAUAUUCAGGAAUUAAGGAACUGUAAUGCAUUCCAAACUUUCGGUUUCGAAAUGCACCACAGAUAUUCUGAUCAAGUUAAAAGUAUUAUGGGUGGUGAUAAUUUACCGGAAAAAGGUAGUCUCAAAUACUAUGUAGCUAUGGUUCAGCGUGACAAAGUUUUCCGUGGUCGUGCACUUGCUGGAAAUGAUGCUGAAGAUUUGAAGCGGCUCACCUUUUCUAAUGGCAACGAGACUCUUCUUAUUCCUUCACUUGGAUCUUUGCAGUAUGCUAAUGUUUCGUUGGGGACACCAAGUUUAUCGUUCUUGGUUGCGCUUGAUACAGGAAGCGACUUGUUCUGGGUGCCAUGUGACUGUACUAGCUGCGUUCGGAGCUUUAUGACAAGUUAUGGAGAUGUAAUAAAUCUUAACAUUUACAGUAGCAACUCGUCAUCAACGAGUAAGUAUGUUUCAUGCAACGGUAGGCAAUGCCCGUACCAGGUUUUAUAUAAAGAUAAUUCUUCUACAUCCGGAGUUCUGGUGGAGGAUGUCUUGCAUUUGGCAACAGACAAUCAUAAUCCAAAGCCCGUCGAUGCGAAGAUAAUAUUUGGUUGUGGUCAGGUUCAGAAAGGUUCUCCCACUGGGUUACUUGGGCUCGGUAUGGGAAACAUAUCCGUUCCUAGCAUUUUGUCUAUCGAAGGCCAAAUAGCAGAUUCUUUUUCCAUGUGUUUUGGAUCUGAUGGGGUUGGAAGAAUUAGCUUUGGGGACAAAGGAAGCUUAGACCAAGAAGAAACUCCAUUCAUUCUCAGGCAGCGGCAGCAAAUAUAUUAUGAAGUUAGUGUGAAUCAAUUAAGUGUGGGGAAAAAUCUAAGUGACCUGUUGGGUUUCAGUGCAAUUUUUGACUCCGGUACCUCAUUUACACACUUAAAUGAUCCAGCAUACACUGCUAUAUGUGAAAGUUUUGAUUCACAAGCACAAGCUCAACAAAAACGGCAUUCUUCUGAUCCCGGGAUUCCAUUUGAAUAUUGCUACGAUGUUAGUUCAAAUUCAACUGAAUUUUCUGUAGACGUGAGUUUGAUCAUGAAAGGUGGGAGCCAGUUCAACGUUUAUGAUCCAUUAGUUCGAAUCAUCGAAGGGACCACCAUUAUCGCAUAUUGCUUGGCUGUUGUCAGGAGUCCAGAUGUUAACAUAAUUGGCCAUAGUUUUAUGACUGGUCACCAUAUUGUCUUCGAUCGGGAGAAAAUGGUGUUGGGCUGGAAGGAAUCGAACUGUUAUGAAAUUGUUGAUCCAAGUACUCAGCCAAGAUUUCCUCAAAUACCCAAAGAGUCGCCACCAACAAUAAAUGUUCAACCACGUUUCGUAUACGGCGGACCUCCUAGGAAUGGUGUAAAUUCUAGGGCCCCACAGUUACUGGUCGGCAAACUACAAAGUUUAUGCCUCGUUGCCUCGUCACUCUUCGUGAUAUCUCUCAUUUUACAAAUUGUUUGAUUUAUUUUGGUUUUUUUUUUUUUUUUUGGCAGAAUUUCUAAAUUGUUAAAGGGCCCGUGUCUAUAGAUGUGCGGUCCAAAAUAAAUGUCUUUUGAUUUUCCCAUCUCCUCCAUGUAUACACAUGUAUUAUAUCUAUGUAACAUAUAUAAUACUAAUCAAUAGAACCUUUCUCUUCCUCUU